AUGUCUCAUUCCCAAUCUUUCUUUCUUCUCUCUCUCUCUCCUAUUUCCCCCUCUCUCACUCUAUUCUUCAUACUCUACAUCUUUAUAUUAAAACAUCAAUUUCUUUCUAUCAGUCUCCCUAUAUGCAAGACAUAUUUCUCUCUCAUUAUCUCUCUCCCCCUAUCUACGUUUUUAUGUGUCAUAUCUCUCUUUUCCUACAUAUCUCUUUUUUUCUCUGUGAAUCAUUUUCCCUCUCUCACUUUAUGUCCUUCGCUCUUUCCCUAUCUAUCUAUCUAUCUAUCUUUCUAUGACAUUUUCAUCAUAUCUAUCCAUCUAUCUCAUAAUUUCUUUAUCUCUCCUUCUCUCUGUGUGUAUAAUCUCUUCAUAUCUAUCUAUCUAUCACUUUUUGAUCAUAUCUAUCUAUCUAUAUAUAUAUCUAUCUAUCUAUCACAUUUUCUUCAUAUCUAUCUAUCUAUCUAUCUAUCACUUUUUGAUCAUAUCUAUCUAUCUAUCUAUCACAUUUUCAUCAUAUCUAUCUAUCUAUCUCAGCCAUUUCUUUAUCUCUCCUUCUCUGUGUGUAUAAUCUCUUCAUUAUGUAUCUAUCACAUUUUCUUCAUAUCCAUCUAUCUAUCUAUCUAUCACAUUUUCAUCAUAUCUAUCUAUCACAUUUUAAUCAUAUCUAUCUAUCUAUCACAUUUUCUUCAUAUCUAUCUAUCUAUCUAUCAUCUCUUCAUUAUCUAUCUAUCUAUCUAUCUAUCUAUCUAUCUAUCUCUACUGACUUAUUUGUAA